CAGUCAAGUGGGGGUUUGCCAACUCUGACCUCCUUGGUAGAAGCAACCUCCUUUUUGUCAAGUGCACCCAAGUGACUUUUUUAAGUACCUCAAGUAACAUUUGAAAUGUUCAGACCUAUUUGCCCCAGCUCAAUGCAGUCAAGUGCCCUAAUAACACACAAUAUGCUUCUGGGCAAGUCAUUAUUUGGGACUGUGGGCUUGCCUAAUGGAUGCAACACUCAUUUACUGGGAGUGACGUCCCGACUUUUAACUCCUCGAUUUCUUAAUUUUUCUCACCAGUGGAAGGUAAGGUUGUAAUGACGUAUGAAGAAGGAAUUUACAUUAAUAUUUCAAAACUUGAAAAGGAAAAGAUCACAAGAAGUGAAAGUUGGUGACUUGCACUCCAACUGCCUUCUCCUCUUAGUCACCUCUACCCUCAUCCAAUUUUUUUUUUUUUUAGCCCAGAAAGAGAAAGCAGUCUACCUGAUGGUGGUUUUCCAUUUCCAAUUCAAUUUACAAAACAAACUUCCAUUACAAUUCUCCUGUUACAAGAUGGUUUCUUUACCAUAUGCACAAUACAUAUUGAUUAAUUUAAUUUUUUAUGAUUCUCAUAUGGUAAGUCAUGAAUUCGACCCUGAAAGAGUGGGCCAAUGGUUAAAUAUUCUAUUCUCCACUCUCCCCCGAGGCUAUCUCCAUGACUUUGGCCUAAUAAUUACUUAAUAUAUGUAGAACAGGAGAUUGCAUGUACUUGAGAGAUUAGUCAAGGUAAAAUCUUAGAUAUCUUUGUGAGUAAAAUUUUAAAAUAUAUGUAUUAAUUUAAAUUUUCCCAUUAUGGGCCCGGUGCAAAGGUUGGUUAAAAGUAUGCAAAUCAAAUGGAUCUAAGUAUGGGUAAUUUCUUAAAUAUGUUUUUAAUCAUGCAUUAGUAGUGAUGUUGAAAAGUGGGAUAUUCUGGAAUUAGGUAGGGAUGGUUUAGAAGCAACCAUUAACUGUCUAAUAAGUUUCAUGCCUUCACUUAUAUAUUUAGUUAACAAAAAUAUAUCCCCCCUCGCUUCCAUGCGCUUGAAUUAUAAACUGGUUAGUUCCUACAAUGGCAUUCACAUCAGUCACAGUCAAGCACUGGCUUUUAGCUUUGUUUCUGAUCUACAUCUCUGUUUUCAGCAGCAAAUUUGGAAUGGCAGAUGAAAAUGUCCCUCAAACUGGUGCUGCUAUUGUGGAUCCAACUCAAAUUGUUGACAAAGCCUUGAUCUGUUUCAAUAAUAAUUAUAUUUACAGCAGUUGUGACGAAUCAUAUAGAUUGGAUCAGAGCGGGAGCCUCAAUGUGCCACCUGAACACAUCAAUCAAUACUGCAAUGGGCCGUGUUUGGCAGAGACACACCUUGUGCUCGACUGCAUUGGGAACAUACUAAUAAACUUUGAGUUUUACAACAAGGCCACAAUACAGGAUGUGAGAGACACCAUUAAAGCAGGCUGUGGCUAUGGCAGUCAGAGAGGUAAUUUUAAUGUAGCAGAGCAUAUUCAAGCUAAAACAAGCAAGGCAGACAAGAUUACCAUCAUGCCCAUUAUGGUUGGACUUGUGUGGAUGAUUUUAGUGCUUUUGAUAUGAGUUGUUAAUAUGGCAAAAUGGAUUGAAAGUUGGCACUGUUGCUGCAUAAGAUGAUAAUUAAUGUACAACUUUGCUUUGCUUAAACACUAAUAAGCAAUAAAUUAUGUUUGGCUUAUGUAUUGAUUAGCUGGGAUCUAGCUUAUGUUUAUGGUGUCAUUAACUGUAAUUAUAAUUAUUGUCAUAGUUUGUCACAAGGAUUGUGUAUCAAUUUUUUUUUCCCCUAAGAAUUCAUAA